AUGGUGCAGAACACAUGCUCGAAGCUGACGGCGCGCUACGUGGAGUACGGUGUCCAUUUUGUGGAGGACAGCGACCGUCUCACUGCAUUCCUCGAAGAACGCACGCAUCCUCCCCGCUGUGAAGUCAAAGUGGAGGGGAUGGAAAGCAAAGGCAACGCCAUCAAGCAUACCUUCAUGUUGCACGAGCUGCCAAUCCCAAGCGUGGACUCAACACCGGAUCUGGAAUUGUAUGUGCGCCUUGCCACCAAGUUUGCGCAGGAGCCGCGGCGCCCUGCAAAGGAAGUCAGUGGUGUGGCUAAGGGCAGUAAACGCAAGGGGCUAGCGGCAGAAGCAGAUGACCAAGCACCAGAGAUAGAGGCAGCCGAGAAGGCAUACCCUGCUGUAAAGAAGCGACACAAGAGGGACAAGGUGCUAGAAAUCGAUAGUGAAGAUGAUGGCCUGGAUGUUCGUGCAACCCUUACCCUCACCAGUGACUCUGACACAGAGUAG